GUCGGGUGAAAGGUCGGCGUGACGUUACUACGACAAAGUGUCGUGGAGGCGGCUCUGUUUCGGCUAACAGACAAUGGCUAAACAUCAUCCGGAUUUGAUUUUCUGCAGAAAACAAGCAGGCGUCGCCAUUGGAAGACUUUGUGAAAAAUGCGAUGGAAAGUGCGUCAUCUGCGACUCUUACGUCAGGCCAUGCACGCUCGUACGCAUAUGUGAUGAAUGUAACUACGGCUCGUAUCAAGGGCGCUGUGUGAUAUGCGGAGGUCCGGGGGUAUCAGACGCUUACUACUGUAAAGAAUGCACCAUACAGGAAAAAGAUCGAGAUGGUUGCCCCAAGAUCGUGAACCUCGGCAGCUCUAAGACUGACCUCUUUUAUGAAAGAAAAAAGUAUGGCUUCAAAAAGAGGUGAAGAUGUUGGAAUAUAGAAAAAGACGGCCUUUUACCUUUAGUUUUCAGCAGCUUUCUUUUGUACGAAUACUCUUUUUUUUUUUUUUUCCAAUGUAAUAAAUAAAACUGUUAUACAGUA